AUGCUGCUUCUAACGUCUGCUGCUUCUGUUGCCACGGCGACGGUAAGCGUACACUGUCACCUGAUACACUUACCUCCAUCAUCAUCACUGACACCUUCUGCUAGCUCUGAGCUAGCAGCCGAGUGACUGUCUCGGUGUCUUCCAGGAUGGCUCCCCUUGAUUCAGAACGUUCGACACGGCUCCAAAGCCGUCACCCGCCACAGGAAACCUAUGCAUUUUCUCAAAAAGAAGCUGAUGGCUGUCACAGAAUACAUCCCCCCGACACCGCCCGCUCCGCCGGGCGCUUACCCGGCUCCAACCACAGUGGUUGAGGAGAGCGCAUUUGUGAGGCUGCUGAAGAGGAACCUGGAGAAGGUCUUCCAGGACUACAAGAUGGUCGCUGUGGCGCAGAACAACGGCUGCAACGCCAACGACAUGCUUGUGCUCAAGAACAGAUUGCACAAACAUGACAUCCAUGUUAAGUUCUUCUCCAACAAGGUGAUGUGCUCCUUUCUGAAUGAGAGCGUGUACAGCAACAUGGCUCCUCUGUUCAUCGGGCCCACCGUGCUGUUUGUCAGCAAAGAACCCAAAGCCAAGGAGAUGCUGGCGACGCUGCGUGUCAGCCCACAGAUGAUCCUACUGGGAGCGUGUAUAGACGACACCUUGCUGACCGCGCAGGGCGUGGCGCGCUACUCCAAGCUGCCGUCGGUCAGCGUGGCCCGGGGCGAGCUGGUGGGCAGUCUGAACCUGCUCACUUCCCACACCGCCUCCUUGCUGCAGCGACACCCCGCCCACCUGACGGCGCUGCUGCAGCGGUACGGCACACAGCAGGACGCAGAGGAAGCCACGUGAGAGGACUUAGCACUGACAGUAUGGACACUUAUCAGGUGCUCUUUUGGGGUGGCGAAGGAGGAGUGUGCGGUUGCUCUUGUCGUGAUCGUCGGUCGUGCCGUCUGUAUUUACAUUAAAAGGGGUUUAGUCUAAAUGGAAUGUGCUGCGACGUUCACUUUUAGCUGCAUCAGGGUUGCCCGAGCGGAGAAUCAAACCCAGGUCUUCCAAUCUCCUGACCGUGUGGCCUACAUCAAGCCUUCUAAUAGCAGAUUUUAAAAAAAUGUGAACAUUUGUUCUCAUAUUUUAGCUUUAUCCUUGUAAAAUCACAGUUAUUCAUUUUUUAUAGUAUUUAAACUUUUCUUGUAUUAAUAUGACUUUAUUCCCGUAAUAUUUUGAUUUUAUUCC